AUGUCUUGCUCCUCCGAUGCCUUCUUCCGCUGUGCAUAUGGUGCCUGUGUUGAUGCGAAUGCAGCUUGUGACGGUACCAUCCAGUGUGAAGGUGAUGGCUCAGAUGAAGCCCCUGAGCUGUGUGGAACAUCUCCAGCCCUCAAGUGCACACUUCCACUCAAACACAAAAAUGGUGGCUACAAAGUGCUUGGCUGUGACUCCCAAUUUUGUGGGUUUGCACCAGGAGCACAAGUACCUUCUGGCACACAGCUGGAGUUCUUCUGUGAUGAAGGAUAUCAUAUAAGUGGGCCCAAUGAUUCCUAUUGCCUCGAUGAGGCCUUUACUCCGCCGCCACCUGUUUGUGAGAAGAAUAGGGAAUAUUCUACCUCUGCCACAUUAAAUUAUGGAAAGUGUCCUAGUCUUGCAUCAGAAUCAAUUUAUGCUGAAUGUUUCUAUGGUGAAUCGAGGUUCACUUGUGACAAUGCAGUUCUCCCUGGAACAAGAGCAGUUGUGGAUUGCAAGUUGUAUUAUACAUCAGCAAGUAGACUAAAACAGAAUCUGACAUGUGGACAUGAUGGUCAGUGGAAUAGUGAAGUCAAGAAAUGCAAUCCAGCAUGUGGAAAGGUCCGACCUCAACACAUCCCUCUUCUAGCUGGUGGUGAAGUUGUACAACGCAAAGAAUUUCCAUGGCAUGUGGCAAUAUAUAGAAAUAUGGAAAAUAUUUACAAAUACAUUUGUGGUGGUUCUUUGAUUUCUCUUAAAUAUGUACUAUCAUCUGCUAUUUGCUUCUGGGACAAUGCAAAGGGUGUGAAAUAUCCCGAGGAACUUUUCAGAGUAAUAGCAGGAAAAUAUCACAGUAGCUACACCACUAAAGAUCCUGGCCAACAAGAACGAGCAGUAAGGGACAUUGAUAUCCCUGAUAGUUUUCAUGGGUCGUCAACGGCAUUCCGUGAUGACAUAGCAGUACUGACAGUGGACUUCCCAUUUCAGCUAACAGAGAUGAUUAGUCCUGUGUGUGUGGACUGGGAUGAUGUUUACUAUGUUGGACCAGGUGAUAAGGGACAUGUUGCAGGCUGGGGUGUGACAGAAACUGGAGAACCAAGUGAAGAACUGCUUUAUGCAGAAUUUCCUGUAAUUGAGUAUAAUGAAUGUCUCCAGACAAUUAAACCAAACUUCCGUAUCUACUUUGGACGUGAUAAGAUCUGUGCUGGAUACAGGAAUGGGACAACUGCAUGUAAUGGAGACAGUGGUGGAGGGCUCACCUUCAUACAUGAACUCAAUCCCUUAUCGCCUUCAAGUAAGCUUUAUUUCGUGCAGGGAAUUGUUAGUGUAAGUGGAGGUCACAGUCGACCUGGUGCUUGUAACCUAAAAGACUAUGUUGCAUUUACAAAAGUAUCAGAAUUUAGUAGUUUUCUUAACAAAUACAGAGAAUAA